AUGUUCUCCAUUGUCCUCAUCACCGUCGCCCUCGUCGCCGCCGCUUGCGCCAACCCGCUCCCCGCCUCCGAGGUCAGCGUGCACCCCCUCGCCUCCGCCUCGGGCGUGACGACCGCGGCCUCCUUCCCCCUGCACGACCUCGCCUCCUCGCUCGGCCCCGUCCCGGCCUCCGCGGCCGUCGGCACGACGCCCGCGCCCUUCUUCGCCAAGUCGCCCUCCGCCGACGCGGUCGAGGCGACGUUCCCCGCGACGCUCCUGCUCUGCCCGGGCACCAACUGCGCGAGCUGCUCCGGGUUCGACCUGAGCAGGAUUCCCGUGAACGUCUGCUUCGCCACGAGCGCGUUCCGGAGCGUCGCGAUCAGCCAGCCGAGCAACUCGGGCCUGCCGUUCGGCGUGGUCGUCGGGCCGUCCGGGUGCUCGAGCUUCGCGCAGAUCCCGACGGUGAACCAGUGCUUCAACGUGAACGGCGGUCCGUUCUCGGACUUCGCUCUCAUCCAGUGA